AAAUACUUCUGCCAGGCAAAUUCAAAUCAGUAGGAGAUUUACAGGAGAAAGAUAUAGUUUUCCGCAAAAUCAAAUGAAAAGUAACGUUUAGCAAAGACAGAAGGAAAAAAGAAAAGAAAAAGACGAGCAUUACAAUUUUCAGCAUACUAAAGGAAAUGCAGCUGACAGUGAAGUUCUUGACUGGAGAACCAGUCACUCUUAAUGUGACUCCCAACAUGACAGUAGCACAGGUGAAAGCAGAAAUUCAGCGCAGGACUGGUGUGCCAAGUAGCCAGCAGCGGCUUGUGGCUCAGAAUGGUCACCCUGUGGAGAUGAGAGACAAUCAAUGGCUACAGAACUGCAAUAUCCCCAAUGACACUAUCAUGAUGCUGGUAAAGAAGGAGGAGCCAAUGACCGUCUUUCUGAAAAAUGAUAAGGGGAGAACAAGUACCUAUACCAUUCUCCCAUCUCAGAGUGUUUUGGACUUCAAGAAGAAAGUCCAGCAAUUAGAGCAAGUCCCUGUGGAUCAGCAGCGCCUCAUAUAUGAAGGGAGUCAGUUGGAAGAUGGCAAGAAACUUAGUGAUUACAAUAUCCGUCCAGAGACAACAAUCUUCUUAAAUCUACGGCUACGUGGGGGAACGCUCUCCUAGCAAGUGUCUUCAUCUUGAAACUGUCGAAAUAAUUUAUUGACCACUGACUGAAAAUCACUGGCAACAAAUACUACCUUGCUUCCUGUAAUCCUUGUUUCAUAGCUAAAGCCUAGUUUUAUGCAGAUGAACAGUGACUGUUUAUUACCUGUUAGGUAAGCCCUCACUUGUUCUAGUGAAUGUUCUGACUAGCUGCCAUGGAAGAAGCUAAGGAACUGAUCCUUCUUAAUGGAAUAUCUGUGUUAUUUCAGAAGAACUGUAAAUGUCUUGAGUCCUGCCACAAUUCAUUCAAUAGAUGCUGGAAUCACACCAUUUCCUAAAAUGUAAAAAAAAAAAAAAAAAAAAACACCUCUUAUGCCAGGAUAUCGAACAUGAAUGUGAUUUAUAGCAGAAUGUUGUAACAAAAUGCUUUGCUGUCCUUUGGUGCAUUGAAAGUAGACACCAUAUUGCCAAGAGCAGAUUCAGCCAUGCAGGCUAGUCUCUGAUUGUGCCUUACUUAGGCAAUUCAGACUGACCUGCUGAAUGAUUAAGCUGCUAUUUACUGGCAGUUGUCUGUGCUUCUUUUUUUUUUUUUUUUUUUUUUUUUUUGCUGUUAAUGGACCAGCACAACAUUUUUUAUUUUUUAUUCCUCUGCUAGCAGUGAGGUAUUUGAAGAAUUUGUAUUAUUUAAUUUUCAUUUGUUCUGUACGAUCAUUUGACAUGGUCAUAGUCUUAUUUUUAUUAAAGAAAAAAAGAUUG